CUGAAAUAAGGGAGGUAGGGGUAGCUUUGACAGGGCUACUCUUCCUUGUUCAGUAUCUUGGUUAUUCUGAUCAGUUACUUGCAUACUAUUUCAGUUUAUCGAAUAGAAAAAAAUGAAGGACCCCGCCGGCCAACCCCCCCCCCUUUUUCGGCAAAAAAUGAGAGGCUACUUGUAGUUAUAAGUCCUAGAUUCGUCAGUUCAUGAUUAACAAGUUAAUCUUUUUCUUUUGAUCGUGAUUGAAUUCAAGUAGUUCUUUAGCCGAGUAAAACAAAAAGAAACACUAACUACACAAGUGGAUCUUUUUUUAUACAUAUGUAUGACUCUGAAUAUUGAUUAUGAUAAGCACGAAGAAGAUAGAGCAGAAGAAAAUGUCCUCCUCCUCCCGUCCAUCAUCAGACGUCGAAGAUCGCUUCCUCGGUCUUUUUCUAGGCUUAGCAGCUGGAGACCGGAAUGGUGGUCCUGUACAAAUGGCUUUGGAGCUAGCAGAAGCAUGUCUCAAACUCAAUGAACAACAUGUUGGGGAUAUUAAGGGUGGCUUGAAGGAAAUGUUUCUAUUACCGGCGUGUGUUUUGCCUCUGAGAAGGCGAACAAAUGCAGAAGAAACCACGCUCCAGCGUCCUCUGCCUCUCCCGAGGGAUAAAUGCAAAACACAAACGGGGAAAUGAUACACCAAAACCCCACCUCUAAGAAUACUGGCGCUGGGCAUCCGGAACACAAUUCAGAACGUAUAAUGCAAGGUUACCUUCGGUGGUGGCACCAAGGGCCGGACUCAUGGGACACAGGUCGUAUUGCGGCGACGAUCUUUCAGCGGGUUGAUUAAGGCUCUGGCUUGUUUUGCCAUGAUUUUUGAUAAGGAUUUUUAAUUUAAAACCAUUAAUUUAUCGUCAUGUAUGAUCACGGUACAGAAGCGUUAUUUUGUUUAUAGGAUUCUUCAGUUCAUAUGGGUAUAAUUCGUGUUCAGUAUGCACAUGCGGGAAGCGCACUGUUGAUCUAGUAAUGAUGUUCAGAAGUAGCAGCCAGAAGUCAUGAUGCUCAACAGGUUUUGGAUGGAUUUGGGACCACUAGCACAAUGAUAGUAGAUGGCCUCUAACUCGAAGAGUCAAACGCCGGAUCACGACAUGAAACUGCGCCAUCAGUACAGCACACAACUCCACAUGCGGCCUCUUCCUCGUCAUCGCACACAUCACAGGCCUCUUCCCCAUCUGGAUCUACUUCAUGUAGACUCGAGAAUAUCGCCUCCGCAGUAAAUGCUGAAAUGUUCACUGCCACAGUUGGCGCUUUACACCGUUGUGGAUUUUUGGCCGCUGUGUUUUCUCACUUAUCUGACGAAGAGCUUGCCUCACUGGGGCGAAAAGAAUCACGACUGACACAUUGCCAUCCCAUUUCCCAGCAUUGCUGUGGUGCUUAUGUAGUGCUAUUGAGAAAGCUUCUGUUGGAUGGUGGCAUCGGGACCAUCGAAAGUGCUCAUGCUGCUGGAGGUGUCCUAGAAGAUGCAGCUCCCGAAGAUAAAGAGCCUGAAAGGAAAAGAGCAGCUAAAAAAGGGAAAGGCUGCGGAGGUCAAAGCGAAAGCAUGACUGAACAUGUUGAUAGCGGACAUCAUAUUCAUACUGGCGAUCAUCACGUAAAGCCGAAGGCCUGCUCAGCUGAAGUAGAUACUACUCAAAAGAACACUAGUACAAACACUACAAUUGCAAGAACAUCUUCAGCAGAUGACGCUUUCCUGCACACAAUUGAAGAAUUUGCACAAAAACUACACUCUGAGUCUGACGUUUUACCCUGCGAGCGCGACCAAGUUGUCAACGCUUUCGAGCUUGACGUCACAGGUUGCAUAAUCAUGGAUGCCAGGGCCUCCAAAGUGUAUGAUGCCACUCAUUGAGAGCAACGAAGAUAUGGGAACAAUGUCGUUCCACCUGAAUAUAUAAGAAGGGGUCACAGGAGGGGAACGACCUUCCCCUAUCGACCUUCUCAAUGAGUGGAAAUAUUCAGAAAGACGGUGCCGCGCAUAUCACUAAAAAGCUCAAUCGCGGUGGACUCUGCGUGGAUGCUCUCCGAUCGGCGUUGCACUUCGUAGCUCUCGGCUCGACUUUCGACCACGCUCUUCAAGAAUCGAUCACUUUCGCGGGCCCGGACAACUACUGUCCCGUGCUGGUGGGAGCCAUAGCCGGCGCUAGGUGGGGAGCAUGUAAAAUUUCAGAAAAACAUCUUGAACAUUGUAGAGAAGGAGUGAGGGAAAGAUGUCGGGACUUAGCGAGGCGUUGCUUUGCAAUAUAUGCUCAGGCUCAAAGAAAAAUCCACGACUAAGACGACGUGGUCGGGGUGGGUUUCCCAAGGUGGAAUGACAAUGGACUCGUCCAGAUGAUAACAAGUCUAAUGAGGAUGUAGUUGUAUAAUUGUUGUAUGGACCAGGACCUACGACGAACAACCAGCUUCAAUAAAAAUCAAGUUUAUUGUACAAGACUCAAGGAGGUCCCACAGCACUGCGAUCGUCAGUUGUAAACACGACGCACG